AUGUCCACCCCAGCCCCCGGCGGUGAAGCCGAAACUCUGAAACUUGCUGUCUGGAAGGAGGCACUGUACGAGAGGUGCAGGGAGUCCGGCACCGAUCUCUUCUCUCAGGAUGACCUCAUGCGGCUCGAUGUCAUUCCCAAUCGCGACCUGCUGCUCCUCGCGCGCGUCGUCCAGUCCCUCAGCGAUGACAAGCUCUUCAUUACCAUGCGCGAGGCCUCGGGUCAGGUGCUGUGGAAAUGGCGCGACGCGCAAGAAGCACACAAGUACAAGCAGUGCUCGACGGACGAGCAGGUCAUGGUCUACUCCCUCAUCGACGACUCGGGUGGCGAUGGCAUAUGGUCGCAGACGCUGCAGAAGCGCCUCAAUAUGCACGACUCCGUGCUCAAGAACGCGCUCAAACAGCUGCAGACCAAGGGCCUCAUCGCGCCAUUUAAGAACGUCGAGCACCCGAAUAAGAAGAUGUACAUCAAAGCCUCGAUACGGCCUAGUGAUCGCGCCACCGGCGGGCCUUGGUACACGGACCAGAAUCUCGACGAGGCCUUCAUCGAGGAGCUGCAGCGUGUCGUGUUCGACUUUGUCAAACGGCAGAGCGGGUAUCUCAGCACGCACUGCAGCAGCGGAGGAGGCGGCGGCGGCGGCGGAGGCGGCACUGCGAGAACCCAGGUUCCGAAAAAGGGCGUCUUGAAAGGCGGCGCCGUCGAGAGGGGCCAGAAGCGUGGCGCGCAGGAGAUGAUGAGCAAGCCGGCUUCUAAAGCGGCCAAGACCGCGACGGCCGCGCCGCUGAGGCGAGAACCUGCUCUGCUGCCCCUACCUGCCGGCUACACAGGCUACCCAACCGUCCGCGACAUUGCCCGCCUCCUCUCGAGCAGCGGCAUCACCAACAAUACGAUCCUCUCGGAAGAAGACGUCAGGAAGCUUGUCGACGUUCUCGUCUGGGACAACCUCCUCGAGCCCGUCAAGAUCGCCGGCAAGCUUGGUUUCCGCGUCGCCCGCGUCGCCAAGCAGUCCACCGAGAGUUGGGCCGGUCGCGAGGACCCGACGGGGCGCGCCGGCGGCCCAGAGCCGUAUGCCAGUCCCUACACCGAGGCGCCUUGCGGACGCUGUCCCGUCUUUGACCUCUGUGAGGAAGGCGGUCCGGUCGGUCCCAGCAACUGCGAGUAUUUCAAGCAGUGGCUAGGCCUUGACUGA